UGCGCGUAGGAGCGGGUCCGGGCGGAGGGAGCGUCGCGACUUUGCACCGCAGGGGCGGCUUAACCGGGUUGCAGCGUGGGGGAGGCAGGCGGCGGGGGAGGGGUCUCCCUCAGCACCCACCCCCGCGCCCCGCCCCUGCACCCGGCCCCGCGGGCUCAGAGCUUCAAUUCCCAGAGCUUGGGCGCAGGCGAAACAGAUAAGCCCUCGGGGGACAGGGAGGGGCUGGAGCCCGAUCCCCCGCGGGCCCGACAUCCAGCCUGCUACCCGCCUCCCGGUCCCUCCCCGCGCUAACUCUCCCGGCGCCCUCGCCGGCCGCGGGCGGAGCUCGAUCGGCGGCUCUCGGAGCUCCCGGGCCCCCGCCCCUGCCCCUCCUUCCCCGGAGCCCCCAGCGGCCGCCGCCGUAGAGCCCCGCGCGGCGCGAGCAGCUGCCAAGGGCCAAGGGAUGAGUGGGGGCCCACCUUCCCAAUGGCAUCUCCCCCCGGUCUGGAACUGAAGACACUGCGUAAUGGCCCCCAGAUCCCAAGGAGACCAGCUCCUCUGGGCCCGGUGGCUGCGCCCAGGGAGGGUGUGGAGAACGUCUGCUUUUCCUCAGAGGAGCACGAGACCCAUUUCCAGAACCCAGGGGACACCAGACUGGGUAGAUCCCCCAGUCCCCCGGCGGGGGGCCCCUCAGGGCCCCGAUCCCAGCGAUCCCAGCGGGACGAUCUAUCCCUGCGUUCUGAAGAGGGGCCGGGCCUGGAGCCCGUGAGCCGCCCAGUGGAUUACGGCUUUGUUUCUGCUCUGGUUUUUCUGGUGAGUGGGAUCCUCCUGGUGGUGACAGCGUACGCCAUCCCCCGUGAGGCCCGCGUCAACCCUGACACAGUGACGGCGCGGGAGAUGGAACGACUAGAGAUGUACUAUGCCCGCUUGGGCUCCCACCUAGACAAGUGCAUCAUCGCAGGCCUGGGGCUGCUCACUGUGGGCGGCAUGCUUUUGUCAGUGCUGCUGAUGGUCUCCCUGUGCAAGGGGGAGCUGUAUCGCCGGCCCACCUUCGUCCCUGGCAGAGGCUCCCGGAAGACCUAUGGCUCCAUUAACCUGCGCAUGAGACAGCUCAAUGGGGAAGGGGGCCAGGCGCUGGUGGAGAACGAGGUUGUCCAGGUCUCAGAAACCAGCCGUACCCUCCAGGGCUCCUAAGAGCCCACCCUAUCUGGCUGCUUUGGCUUCAGGGCUGCAAGGCCCCCUGAGAGCCUGGGGUUUCAGACUGAGCUCCACAGAGGGCCCUGCAGGAGGGGCCUUGGGUGCUGGAGGGGGAGUCCUGGGGCCAGAUCCAGGUGGCAGGUGGGAGAGCGCCCCCCCCCCCAUCUGUCGGCAGCUUGAGGUUUUGCAUUAUUUGGAGGAUGGCUUCUGCUGCUAAAAAUACAAAAGUUUGGAAACCACUGCCCAUGGAGGAUGAGGUUUCUUGGCGUUUCCAAGAAUUGAGAGCCAUCUGAAAGGCUGCCCCUCCUGUUCCCCAUGCCUUGGGGAAUUUCGGAAUCUCUGUGGUCCUCAUUAGCCAAGUGUGGGUGUUGGGCGACCUUGGAGGGACCCCCUGUUAGCCCUGACCGUCUCUUGGGAGGUGGCUUACCGAAGAGAGGAGAAGUCAGUACCAAGGUGACUGUCCUCUCUCCAGGUCUCAUUCCCCUACCUGUGAAGUGAGAGGGUUGGGCUUGAUGAUCCCCAGGGCCCCUCCAGUUCUGCCCAAGGAAUGGGAGCCCAGUAGAUCUCUGCCUCUGGCCACCUCUACUGGAAAGAGGGUGUUCGGCAGCUGCUCACCAUUCUUUGUGCCAUUUUCUGGUCCGGCUCCAGUGGCCACCACUGUCACACAUGCAGCAGCUCACAUGAUCCUGCGCAUGAUCCUUAAGAGAGGAGCCUCUUAAGUCCCCUGGUUAGGCAGGGUUCAAGUCCAAAAUUGGCUACAGCCUGAUUUGGAUCUUGGGAUUGAAUUACCUACAGUGACCAGAUCUUAGCACACGUCUAGCAAGGUCAAGUGCAUAGUUUUCACCAACCCCCCUGAUGGGAGGGUUUUGUUGUAUUUCCAUGGACAUGAUGUGGGCUCCCAGUACCUCCCGCUUCUCAAUAUUAUGUCUCCAUGCCUCACCUUAUUCUGGUAGCAGAAAAAAAAAUCUUUUUUAAUGCCAAAUUUGUAACCUCCCUACUCCCCUUUAGCAGUAAAGUGAGGCCCAGUGUAUGUAGGAGAAAUCAGGUAUGUUCUUGUGGCUUAGAAGCUCCCAGUGACCACUCUGUGUCCCGUUUUUCCUGUGGCAUGUUUGCAGGCUCUGUCCAGACUCUUUACACUACUGACCAGGAAAGAAGUGGGCCAUGGUAGGGCAGGGAGCUCCAGGUGCUUGAGGACUGGGGGAGGCAUCACCCAGUAUGAACAACCCUAGGGGCCUUCGAGAAUACAUGCCUUCUAGGCCCCCCUGGUGUAAGACUCUGUGAGUCCCCUGACCCCACACAGGUCCUGCUCCGUCUCCAUUGGCCGUGUGGGUCCUGGAUCCUAACUGUCCCUUGGGAGUGGGAGGGUGGGGUGGGAAUGGGGUCUGUGGGCUAGAGUAGCCCUGAUUGGCUGUAGCCUGAGUCUUCACUCUGGCGAGCUGAACAUCUGGGCAAUGUAACAUCACAGCUUCUAGGACAGAUCGGAUAUCUGCUCCUGCUGGCCGGUUUUGCCAGGGGCAGAGGGUCGGGGGAGGACUGGAGGGGAAAAGGGCUCUUCAGUGUGGCCUGCUGGGUUGCCUUCCUGGCGCUGAAGGGGUGUGGUUUGAAAAGAACAAAGCCUCAAGUGG